AUGUUCAACGCCCUGAAUCGGUUCAUGUCCCGUCUGGACGGCGACGUGCCCCAGCGACGCAAUGAGCAGGGAUCCUUUGGUUUCCAGGUCCUGAGAAACACAAACCUACAGCUGGCAAUCGAACCAUGGUUUGACUUUAUCGUCGGGAUCAACGGACGGCCAAUUGUGCGAUAA